UCAAAAUCAUGGUCCGUUUAAAGAAUCGUUGGCUCUUAUUUGAAAUCAUAUUUGAAGACAACUCACAGAAAAAGCGUGAAUUACUGACACCUCGUGAUAUCAGUUCAGCCAUAAAAGAAUCUAUUCAACAAAAUUUUGGGGAUUAUGGUUCUGGUUGUGUUGCUUCUUCUCUAAGCG